AUGCCAGUCUCAACCACAAAUCAAGGUGAAAAUCUGCUCCAAAGGAAGCAGGACUUGGAGUUGCUCAUGUCUUGUUUGGACCUUACUUCGCUGAAUGAUACCGACAAUGAAGAAACCAUAGACAGGUUGUGUCAAACUGCAACAUCAUCACCAGUACACCCAGCAUCGGUCUGCAUCUAUCCACGAUUUGUAAAACAGGCUAAAUUAUUUUUCAAGGACACCAAAAUCAAAGUAUGCACCGUCGUGAACUUCCCUUCUGGCUCGUUACAUCCAUCGUAUGUAACCAAGGAAGUAAAGGACGCUGUGGAAGAUGGUGCUGAUGAGAUUGAUGUCGUCUUCAAUUAUGAUGCCAUAAACUGUGGAUGCACAUCAGCUUACGGUGUUGCACCAGUAUCUGCUGCUGAUAAAGUAUUACAAGAUUAUGAAGACGUAGUCCUCAAAGUCAUAUUGGAAACAGCUGCACUCAAAGGCCGAGAUGCAAUUCAACGAGCUUGUAGACUAUCAUUGGCUGCUGGUGCUGACUUUGUAAAGACAUCUACUGGCAAGCACGCAGCUGGUGGUGCUACUCUCGAAGCGGCUGAUGCUAUGCUGGAAUGCAUUCGAGAAUGCGGAGGGUGCUAUGGAUUGAAGGUAUCAGGAGGCAUUCGAACUGUAGACGAUGCAUUCUCGUACUUGAACUUGGUCAGACAAAAGAUGUGGUCGGGGUAUGCCUCACCACAACACUUUAGGAUUGGAGCUUCGGUAUUGCUCGAUGUCUUGAAGAAGGAAUACUCAACAUUAUGA